AUGUGUGUGUGUGUGUGUGUGUGUGUGUGUAUGUGUGUGUGUGUGUGUGUGUGUAUGUAUAGUGCUGCCCUGUUAAAUUUAUUGCUUCAUUGUAGUAUUUGUAAAAAUUCGGCUUCUUUUGAUUGCUUGAGCAAGAAUGGCUGUGUUGCGUGUGUGUGUGUGUGUGUGUGUGUAUGUAUGUAUGUGUGUGUUACACUGUUCAAACAAGUGAAUAAUAAAAUAAUCUUUAGAAUUGAAGACAUCUCCUAG